GUGUAUCUCGUGGGAAGUUAAGCGAUAAUGUGGAUUAGAUCCGUGUCGUCAGGAACAUACAGUACAUUAUAUAUGGACGGGCCGUGAGGCGGAGGAAGACGCAUUAAAGGCACGAGCAGUAGUGAAGUCGUCGCCAAACAAGCCAUCGGCGAGCUGCCUGCUGCUUGCCUUCUUCUCAGUCGGACCUUUUGCCGGAGCUAUGCAAAGGAGCAAGUCGUGCUUGCCUUGCGUGCCCAUGGGGACGGCGGCGCUGCCCAUUGAGAAGCACUUCGUUCCUCCGGUUGCGCUACCAUCUUGGCCAGCCUCAGUUUCAGAUGGAGGAUUUGCGAAGGGCAGCAUAGACCUUGGAGGCCUAGAAGUGCGCCAAAUCACCACGUUCGCUAAGGUCUGGUCCACCACGCAAGGUGGAGAGGACGGCGUCGGCGCCACCUUCUUCAAGCCCUCGCCGGUCCCUGCCGGCUUCUCCGUGCUCGGCCACUACGCGCAGCCCAACAGCCGGCCUCUCUUCGGUCACGUGCUCGUCGCUCGGGACACGUCCGGCACCGGAGCACUCCUUGCCGCGCCCGUGGACUACAACCUCGUCUGGUCCAGCCCGGACGGCGCCGGCCAUUUCUGGCUCCCCACGGCUCCUGAUGGUUACAAGGCGGUCGGCGCGGUGGUCACGGCCACGUCUGACAAGCCUUCGCCCGACGAGGUCCGGUGCGUCCGCGCCGACUUCACCGACGCGUGCGAGACCGAGAAGCCGGAACUGAGCAACAGCGACAAGGACGGCUUCAGCGCGGCCACUCUGAGGCCGGCGGUCCGUGGCAUCGACGCCCGAGGAGUGCACGCCGGCACGUUCCUAGCUCAGAGCAGCGUGACACCGGCGAACGCCUCGUCGCUGGCAUGCCUGAAGAACAACAGCGCGAGUUACACGUCCGCCAUGCCUGACCUGGCUCAGGUGAACUCCCUCCUCGCGGCCUACGCGCCGCACGUGUACCUGCACCCGAACGAAUCCUACUUCCCUUCGUCGGCGACAUGGUUCUUCGAGAACGGCGCGCUGCUGUACCAGAAGGGAAGCCAGAUCCCGACGCCGGUGGCCGCCGACGGGUCGAACCUCCCGCAAGGCGGCGGCAACGACGGCGGGUACUGGCUCGACCUGCCGGCGGACAACAAGCAGAGGGAGAAGGUCAAGAAGAGCGACCUCGCCAGCGCGAAGGUGUACGUGCAGGCGAAGCCGAUGCUGGGGGGGACGGUGACCGACCUCGCCGUGUGGAUCUUCUACCCGUUCAACGGGCCGGCGCGCGCCAAGGUCGGCUUCCUCACGAUCCCGCUGGGCGAGAUCGGCGAGCACGUCGGCGACUGGGAGCACGUGACGCUACGCGUGAGCAACUUCUCCGGCGAGCUCCGCCGGAUGUACUUCUCGCAGCACAGCGCGGGGACGUGGGUGGAGGCGUCGCAGCUGGAGUACCUCGACGCGGGAGACGGCGGGAACAGGCCGGUGGCGUACGCGUCGCGGCACGGGCACGCGUUGUACCCGAAGGCGGGGCUGGUGCUGCAGGGCGACUCGAGGCUGGGCGUCGGGAUCCGGAACGACACCUCCAGGGGGAGCAGGCUGGACACCGGCGGCGCCGGGCGGUGCGAGGUGGUGUCGGCGGAGUACCUCGGCGUCGCGGAGCCGGCGUGGCUCGGGUUCGAGCGCGGGUGGGGUCCGAAGGAGGAGUACGUCAUCGGGCGUGUGAUCAACCGCGUGGCGUGGAUCCUGCCGCGCUCGGUGAGGGAGCGGCUGGCCAAGCUGGUGGAGAAGGUGUUCGUCGGCGAUGGGCCGACGGGGCCCAAGAUGCAUGGCAACUGGAGGAACGACGAGAGGGAGGCCCGGUGAGGCGCACAUGCCACGAGGCUCGUUGAUCGUUAAAACACCGACAAGUUUAUACGUACAUGCCGGGGGGUAGAGAAGGCGCGUUCAUACGUACAUGUAACGUGUAUAGUGUGGAGAUUGGUAUUCGUAUAUGUUCCUUGGUAUUCGAUUUUUGUUUUGGCCUGCUGUUACAUGUAUAAAUAUUGAAAUGUGAAAGUUUAAAGGUGAGUUUGACAAGUUUA